UUUGGAAGAAAGAUUAACCACUUUUGGUAUAUUCUUACGAUUGGAAAUAUCCCUGGUAAUCAAAUAGCCGCGCUACGAAAGUUUCACUUCAAUUUAAAUAGCGCGCCCGAAAGUGACGGUUUGGGGCACAGUACGUAAGGACUAUUGUCGCUUAAUUUUGCGAGCUGUCAUAUCUCUAUUAUCUCUGGUACAAGUCAUCACUGGUGUUACAUACAAACGAUUGUGCCAAAAAUCUUGAAGCCAACACGUGUUUUAUAAUAAUUGACCUUGCUUUUUACUGUUAAUAGAUAAACAUUAUCUAAAAUAGUUGUCUUAUUAUUAUUAUUAUUUUCUACAUUAAAAAAUAAAUAAAUUUGAGGCUGCCAUCUGUCGGAUUCUAUUUGUAAUAAUUGUUAACAUUUUUGGAGGGAAAUAAUUUAAUUUUAACCUCAAAUGUCGUGUCAACAGUGCGCUUUUUAAACAACAAAACACGGUUCAUUUUUAGUUUGUAAUUAUUAUGGAAGCUCCUGAAGAAUUCGAUUUUCCUUUUCAACCGUACUCAAUACAACAUAAUUUUAUGAAAUGUUUAUAUGAUGUCAUCGAAAAUAAAAAAUUGGGAAUAUUUGAAAGCCCAACUGGAACUGGAAAGUCACUUAGUAUCAUCUGUGGAGCGAUUCGCUGGCUUAAAGAUCACAAUAAUUACGAAAGGGAAUGGCUCGAAAGUCAAAUUAUUGAGCUGCAAAAUCAAAAAUGCAAAGUCUCGUCAAAUACUAGUGACUGGUUGUCAACCCAGUCACAAGAAAUCGAGUUAACACGUAAAAUUAAUGAAUUAAAGAUUCAGCACAAUAGAAUAAUCGAUUAUGAUACAAAAAUGGAAAACUUGAAAAAGAAAAAAAAUGACAUUCAUAAAAAGAAGUUAAUAAAAAGAGAAGUAAUAGUGGAGAAAGAGAAAAAUGACGACGAUGAUGACAUUGUACUUGAGGUGGGGAAUAACGCAGAUGAAGAAGAAGAAAGUGAAGAAUGUGAAAGUAAAUAUAAACCAACAAAAAUUUUUAUUUGCAGCAGAACUCAUUCUCAAUUAAGUCAGUUUGUGGGAGAAAUUCUCAAGUCACCCUUUGCUAAAGAUCUAAGAGUUGCUUCGUUAGCGUCUAGACAGACGUAUUGCAUAAAUCCUAAUGUUAACAAGUUAAAGAACAGUUCUUUAAUAAAUGAAAAAUGCCUUGAUAAACAGAAAAAGUUAACAAAAUCAAAAACUGAUGUAGAUGGUAGGGUUGUGAAAAAACAAAAAGGCGAAAAUUCCAAGUGUCCAUACUACAAACAAGGCCCUAUUGAAGAUCUGAAAGAUUUAACAUUAACAGAAGUUCUAGAUGUAGAGGAUUUGGUCAAAAAUGGUAAACAACUAAAUGCUUGUCCUUAUUAUUCCAGUAGAUUAGCAGCAGAAGAUGCAGAAGUUGUUUUGGUUCCUUAUAAUACAAUUCUUCACAAAGCUACAAGAGAAGCUAAUGGAAUUGAUUUAAAGGGUAGCGUUAUAGUAAUUGAUGAAGCUCAUAAUUUACUGGAGGCAAUGGCUCAAAUGCAUAACUCUGAAGUAAAUUACAAUCAAAUAGAUCAAGGUUUACUUCAAGUGAAAUGUUAUAAGCAAAGGUUUCAUGCUCGUUUUUCACCAUCAAAUUUACUGUCAAUUAAUCAGCUUAUCUUUGUUAUGACCAAGUUGCAACAGCUAUUGGAGAAGAGUAACCAAGUUAAGACGAACACUUUUACCGUUGAGAAUUUUGUUGUAACUGCAAAAAUUGAUAAUUUUAAUAUGUUUAGGUUGUUAAAAUUUUGUAAGGAAAGCCGUAUUGCUCAAAAGGUACGUACUUACGCACUUAAAUACCCUUUCGAUAAAGGUAUUGUCGAAAAACCGACGAAAAAAGGCAUUCGUGAUUUUCUCUCAUCGAUUGGAAACAAAAAUGAAACCCAAACUGAAAUAGCGGACGAGAAGGCGUCUCAAUUUUCUUUAACUAAUCCUCUCCUUGCCAUAAUUUCAUUCUUGGAAUCACUUACGUACUCCUACAGUGAUGGUCGUAUUUUUAUUCAUAAUAACGAUGACAACACGAAAACGAAGUUACAGUUUUUACUUUUAAACCCUUCGCAGAAUUUUCAAGAUAUCGUUAAACUUGCGCGCUCGGUCAUUGUUGCUGGAGGAACGAUGAAACCAAGUGGCGAAUUUAAAAAUCGUCUGUACAUUAAUUCAGGCGCACCACUUGAACGUAUUGUCGAAUUUUCAUGUGAUCAUAUUAUUCCACCAGAAAAUAUUUUGCCGAUUAUAAUAACAGAGGGGCCAAACAAGGAGAAAUUAAUAUUUAACUAUGAACAAAGAAUGACAAUGGGCGGCAGCAUAAAGGAGAUAAUACGCGAAACUUGUAAAUCAGUUAGAGGCGGGAUUGUUGUGUUUUUUCCGUCGUAUAAUUACGAAAAUUGGGUAUGGCAACAGAUUAAAGAUUUCUCUUUUGGUAGAACGGUUUUCCGCGAACCUCAUGAUUCUAGUUCUGUGGAUUCAGUGUUAAAGUCGUAUGCUGAUGCCAUUCACAAGUCAGGAAAUGCGCUACUGCUGAGUGUAGUUGGUGGGAAACUGAGCGAGGGUUUAAAUUUCAGCGACGAUUUAGGAAGAUGUAUUAUUGUAGUAGGGCUACCGUAUGCUAACAUAACGGCCCCAGAUUUGAAAGAAAAAAUGACAUAUUUAGAUAAAACAGAGGGUUCUGGAGCUGGAAAAAUGUUUUAUGAAGGGAUGUGUAUGAAAGCAGUUAAUCAAUCAAUAGGAAGAGCUGUAAGGCACAAAAACGAUUAUGCCACUAUUUUAUUGUUGGAUGAAAGAUAUAGCCGCACACCAGUCAAAGAGGCAUUACCUGACUGGAUUAAGAAGUCUUUAAAAUUGUUUAGGUAUAAGGAAGCAUUUGAAAAUAUGCAAAAGUUUUUUGAAGAGAAAAAAGUCUGAUAAGCAUUGAACACGUAUUAUAAAUUUUUAUAUCAUGAACGUGGGCAACCGAUCUUACGAUACAGAUGUAUAUUCGGUUGCCUAUAGUUAAAUUGAAAUUACUUAUUUAGUGUCUUGA